GCCGGGAUGGCCUCGCCUCGCCUCUCGCAGUCUCUCUCUUCCCCGGCUUCACGCCCGGGCUCCCGGUGUCGCUCCCCGCACCAUGGGGCGGUCUCACGCUCCGCCGCUCGCUGCAGACACUGAACCUGAAUCAAACCUCCCCCAAGAGAACAAGCCGCGCUCGCCGACGGCCGGGAGGGAACACACAGCGCUGGGAAUCAAAGAUCUUUGCUGGGAACCGCUGCGCUGCCAGCCCGACAGUUUCAAUGUGCAAGUCUUCCAACAUUCAAUUAGUAAACGGGCUAGAGGGCUCCGAUGUAAUGUUUUCUUUCACGAGACCUCCAAAGACAGAUGAAAUUCUAUUCACGUUUGAAGGCAACAAGGUGCUUGAGUGGGAAGUCGACAGUAAUAUUUCCUACUUUGGAAAAUUCUCUGAAAGAGCUAACUUAAUAGAAAAUACUAUAAUGAUAAAGAAUUUGCUGCUGAAUGAUUCCGGGAUAUAUAAGCUUUCUUUCACAUCUACAGCAGGUACUGUUAGUGAAGAGAUUUACCAGCUAAUUGUGUAUGUACCACUUUCGAAGCCAACAAUUAGCUGUGUCGCAAAUGACUCCAUUAUUCACCUGAACUGCUUUGUAACAGAACCUGCUACAAUGGAAUGGAAGCAUGAAAACAGUACAGUGCAGCAAGGUGGACAUUUUAAUUUAACUCUUGAAGGAACCAGCCUGGCAAUAUUGAAUCCUAAAGAAUCUUCUGGUGAAUAUACAUGCAUCGUGAGGCAACCAGGAGAGGUGGUUCGGAGCGACCCUUUUAACAUAAAAGGAUGUUUUAAAAAUGAAGAGGGACGAAAUCAUAUCCUGCUGGCUAUAGCAAUAAUUCUGAUCAUAUUAGUUAUUGUUGCCGUUUUAUGUUGGUGUUUAUUUAAACGCGAUGCUAAGAAUGAAUACAAACAACCUUGCGGAAAGCGUGAAUCUUCACAAGAUGUAGAAGCCAAACCCGAAUCAGCCGAAGGCGAAGAAGAGAGAAAGCCUGUAUUAGCAGGAAACGGGGAAGAAACAAAGCCACAGCCAUCAGGUGACCUAGAUCAGAGAAAACCAAGUUCCAACGAUGCAGAGGGAGAUCUUGCAUUGCACAAUCUUGAAUAAAAACAAAGGAUAUCUGAUGGGGGGAAGAAGCCGUCUCUGUGAAUGGAACUAAGAAAAGAAUGUCAUCAACAGCUCUGAUGAAGGACCCUGGAACUGAAAUGUGAACCAAUUUCACCUUCCACCGAAGCUGCUUGACCCAAGUCUUUCUGCAAUUUGCUGUUUUUAUUCCACCAGCAUUCGUAUUCCACCAGCUAGAACAACCGCCAGCAAUACUCCAGUAAAUUACAUUCCAAGCCACUAUGAAAAGGGCAAAACUUGUGCUAACCAUAAACGUCCGUUAAACAUCAAUGAAACAAAUGUAUUUGAUUCCCCCUCCCCCCCCCCCCCCCCCCCCCCCCCCCCCCCCCCCCCCUCCACCAGGAUCCAAUUUGUCAGUAAAUAAACAGUGUGGAUUUUAUCACGGCCUGUGACAAGGUCCCGUAUGCUAGGCUGCUCAGGAACUUUGUCUCACGCGGGAUCCAGCGUAAGCUGGUCAACUGCAUGCAAUAUUGGCUUAGUGGAAGCAAGCAGUGGUGGGAGUGGAGUGUGGUUUUGCAGAUCAGAGGCCUAUAGGCAGUGGUUUGCCGCAGGGACCGGUGCUCAGUCCAUUCUUGUUUGUGGUCUAUAUUGACAAUUUGGACGACUGUAUUCUCAACACGAGUAGGAGGUCAUGGAGACAAGCAGCUGCAGAUGCUGGCUUACACAAAAGGACACAAAGACCCUUCAAGCGUCCUGACUCAAAAAAGUCAACUCUGCACAUUCUCCAGAGAUGUUACCUGACCUGCUGGGUUACUCCAGCAUUUUGUGUCCUUAGUAGGUUUGCAGGUGACUCAUUGGUGAGGAGUGGGCAGUGUGGAAGGACAUCAAAGAUCUAGAUUAACUGACAAAGUAAAGUUUGCAGAUGACAGCACAAUUGGUGGUGUCAUGGGCAGUGAAGGUGGUUAUUGAAGAUUGUAACAGGUGGUGAAUUUGGUCAAGUAAAUGGCAGAUGGAAUUCAUCACGGAUAAGUGUGAGGUGUUGCCAAGCUGAAACCAGAUUUGCACGCUAACGUACAGCCCUUGGAGAUGCACUUUUUCUGAUCUGAGAAGUAUAUAAAAUUGAGGGGGCUGGAUAAAUGGGAGGUCACUUUCCCCCAGGGUAUGGAAAUCUGAAACUGAUGGGUACAGGUUUAUGGUGAGAGAGAAAAGAGACCAGAAGGGCAACUUUUUCCACAUGAAGUUGGAGAUUAGUUUAAUUUAUUAUUGUAAAGUGUACCAAAGUACAGUAAAAUGCUUUUGUUUAUGUGCAAUCCAGUGAAAGAAAAGCCUAUAUAAAUGGAACAAAAUUACCAGAGGAAACUGCAGGAGCAAGUACAAUUACAAUAUUUAAAGUACAUUUGAACGGCUACAUGGAUAGGAAAGGUUUAGAGGGAUGUGGGUCAAACAAUGGCAAAUGGGGCUAGCAGUAUUAGAUAUCCUGCUUUGUUCUCAACCACAAAGGCUAGUCUGAGACCUUUGGUCUACCUUUUGAAAGAAGUUAGGAGGAAUUUUAGCCAGAGGGUGGCAAAUCUGUGGAAUUCAUUGCCAUGGGCAGCUGUGGAUGCCGUCAUUGGAUAUUUUGAUAGCGGUGAUGGACAUAUUCUUGAUUAGUAAGGAUGUCAGGGGUUAUGGGGCGAAGACAGGAGAAAUGGAGUUGAGGGGGAAAGAUAGAUCAGCCACGGUUGAAUGAAGGAGUAGAUCUGAUGGGCCAAAUGGCCUAAUUCUGAUCCUAUAACUUGAGAUGUUAGCCUUUUGUACGUUUUGGUUACCACCGGCACUCAUUGCCCUGCUGAGUUUUUCUCCUGUGUGAACACUCACUGCACAGACGUGCUAGUCCCAGCUUUAGAUGUUUAUCUGUGUAACACUCAACUGUAUAGGCACAUUUGUCCUGGUUUUAAAUGCUUAUCAGUGCCAAGUUACCUUAUUUCAGCUCCUCACUGUGCAAUGAUUCAAGAUGAGCAGUAUUUUAUAUAUUAAAUAAGCAUUUUUAAGAUUUAAAAAUGUAAUCUGCAUUCAUUUUAAGUUAUUCCCAACACUGAUUAGUCAAUUGAGCUACUCUAUUUGUCUUAGCUGUGUAGAUCCUUUAAAAAAAACCCAGCUGAGACUAAAAAAUCGAAAUGACAGAGAACUGGAACUACCAGCACAGGACGCAGCUCGUAAAGCUGCUGCCUCACCGCUCCAGCCACCCUGGACCUCCAGUGCUAUCUAUCCAUGUGGAGUUUGCACGUUUUCUGUGACUACACGAUAAUUCCACCACCUCAAAAGUAAGCACAUUUGAACAUUGUCAAUUGCCACAGUGGCACAGCGGUAGAGCUGCUGCCUCACAGCACCAGAGACCAGGGUUUGAUCCUGACCUCAGCUACUGUCUGUGAUCACGUGGGCUUCCUCCAGGUGCUCCGGUUUCCUCCCACAUCCCAAAGAUGUGUGCGAGCUGUAGGUUAAUUGUCCCUCUCUAAAAUUGCCCCUAGUGUGUAGGGAGUGAAUGAGAAAGUGGGAUAAUACAACCAGUGUGAAUGGGUAAUGGCUGGUCGGCACAGACUCGGUGGGCCAUGUGGGCCUGUUUCCUUGCAGUACCUAAAUUAAAAAGCCCCUUGUGUCUGGGGAUGUGGGCAGAAUCUAAAGGGAAGGUGAGAAGUAAAUCGGUCAAGUGGGAUGUUUUUAAAAGUGUACUGAAGAAAGCUCAGGAUGUGUACGUCCCCGUUAGAGUGAAGGGCAAAGCAGGCAAACGUAAGGAAGCUUGGCUGACGAGGGAAAUUGAGGCAUUAGUCAAAAACAAGAAAGAUGCAUGGGACAUGUAUAGGCAGCUGGGAUCAAGUGUAUCCCUGGAGGAGUUUUGGGAACUAAGGAGUAAACUAAAAAAGGAGAUCAGAAGAGCACAAAGGGGCCAGGAGAUAGCUCUGGCGAGUAGCAUUAAGGACAAUCCUAAAAGAUUUAACAAAUACAUAAGGGGGAAAAGGGUAACUAGAGAGAGAGUAGAACCUCUCAGGAAUCAAAGCAGUCACCUCUGUGUGGAGCCACAGGACAUGGACAAGGUCCUAAAUUAGUAUUUCUCUGUAUUCACCGAGGAGAAAGACAUUAGGACGGAGGAAAUUGGAGCGCUUUCUGGAAGUGGCUUGAAAGCUGUCAGGGUUACUGUCGAAAAAGUACUGAAGGUGCUGUCGUGUUUGAAGGUUGACAAAUCUCCAGGGCCUGAUCAGAUAUAUCAGAGGACAUUGCGGGAAACUAGAGAGGAAAUUGCGGGAGCCCUGGUUGACAUUUACGAGUCGUCCUUAAAUACAGGAGAUGUGCUGGAAGACUGGAGGGUGGCAAAUGUUGUGCCUCUUUUCAAGAAGGGCUGCAGGGAAAAUACUGGGAACUAGAGGCUGGCGAGCUUAACAUCUGUUGUUGGUAAGUUAUUGGAGAAUAUUCUGAGGGAUAGGAUAUACAGGCAUUUGGAUGGGCAAGGGCUGAUUAGUGAUAGUCAGCAUGGUUUUGUACAUGGGAGGUCGUGUCUCACCAAUCAGAUUGAUUUUUUUUUUGAAGACGUGACCAAAAAGGUUGAUGAGGGCAGAGCUGUAGAUGUUGUAUACAUGGACUUCAGUAAGGUGUUCGACAAGAUUUUGCAUGGUAGGCUGCUCGGGAAGGUUAAAUCGCAUGGGAUCCAAGGAGAGACAGCUGAAUGGAUAGCAAAUUGGCUCCAUGGAAGGAAGCAGAGGGUAAUGGUGGAAGGUUGCUUCUCAGACAGGAGGCCUGUGACUAGUGGCGUGCCUCAGGGUUCAGUGCUGGACCUGUUACUGUUUGUCAUCAACAUCAAUGAUUUGGAUGAGAACAUACAGGGCAAGAUUGCUGAUGAUACAAAAGUUAGUGGUUUUACAUAUAGUGAAGAUGGUUGUGAAUGAUUGCAGCAGGAUCUGUAUUGAUUGGUCAGGUGGGCAGAGGAAUGGUUGAUGGAGAUUAAUACAGAGAAGUGUGAGGUUGCACGACAGGUUGAUUGCAUUCGUCGAAACAUUGCGGAUCACGUGAGGGUUGCAAUCUCCCAUCCCAGCCUCCGCAUCCAACACAUCUUUCACCAACAUUUCCGCCACCUCCAACAUGAUCUCACAUCUUCCCAUCUCCACCCCUUUCUGCCUUCAGCAGAGACCACUCCAUCUACCACUCCCUGGUUCACACAUCCCUUCCCACCCAAACCACCCCCUCCUCUUGCAACCGCAGGAGAUAUAGCACCCGUCCUUAUACCUCCUCCCUCAACUCCCCAGGGACUCCAGCAGUCCUUUCAAGUGAGACGGGUUUAUGUGCACCUCCUCUCAAAAAGACCAGCCUUUGUACCCAAUUUUUACCGAGAGUCUUAAAGUGAAAUAUGAGGUUUUCGGAUACUUUGAAGAAACAGACUCGAUACACACAGGCCAAAGCCAUUUGUAAAUAACUAAACAUCUGCACUGACUAAAUCUUAAAAUGUGCCAAAUUCUAAGGUUUUAUUUUAUUUAUAAAUUCACAGCAUUUAAUUUACUUAUUUUUUUAAACAGCAUUGUAGGUGCUCCCUUCAAUUUGUAUAAUUUGGUAGUUUAGAAAAGGUUGUCAUUCUAUCUAUGGUCGCUGUGGACAGGUCACUGAUUUCACCUCUACCAUUUUGUUCCUAAUGUCAUUUGUUUAAAAACUGCAUCAGUGUUUUCUACAGAAAAUGCUCUAAUAAACAAUGUAACAGUG